AUGUUUGCGGGGAAGCACACGGACGUGCUGCCGGAUGGCUUCACGGUCGUCGAUGCGCGCUGGACCCCCAGAGUCAACCAGCCAGCCACCGGUCAGGGCAACCACUCUGCAGACGUGGGGCUUCCUGCCCUGUUAUGCAAGCGCAACGCACGUCAACACGCCCGCCACAUUGACAGAGAAGAGGGGGGAGGAGGUGGUCUCGGAGAAGGAGUGCGUGUUCAUGGCCAUGCCCUGGAUGGCCAUUGCCCGGAGUAUGAGGGUGAGUAUGCCAACAGACACACACACACACACACACAGAGAGAGAAAGGAUACGGGGAGAGACUGUUGUUAUGUGUCCUCUCUCUGUGUGUAUGAUGAUAUGAGUGCAGGAGGUCAUCACGGAGCGGUGCACGCGGCCAGCAAAGAGGCCGUAGCCAACGCGCUGUGGCACCCGACGGGCGACCCAGAUACGGCAACAAGCACCCCAGUAACAAUGUCACACACGUCAGCAAUGAAUUACUGUGCGUGCGCUGUUGGCCAUUGAUGGAUCGGAUCGGGCGGUCAUCUUCCACUGUGAGUACUCACAGAGACGGGGGCCAGCCAUGAAGGCCGAUAUGACCACCGCGACAUCAAUUCGGUGAGGGAGGGAUCCACACACACACACAUCGGUGGACCAACAAUUGCAUUGCACCCUGCCACUUUCCUCUCUCUGCAGGACUACCCGUUCAAGUUUGUGCUCGAUGGCGGAUACAGAGGCUUCUACACCAACAACAGAGGCGUAAGCGUGAAAUCGAAACACACGACGGCACCCAAUGCUGCACGUCAUCUCUUUCUCUUUCUGCGUGUGUGUGCAGCGGCCGUACUGCGAGCCAUGUGGGUAUGUCUCUGAGCACGCCCUGAAGGGCUCAGCGGCGCGCAAGGCCGCCAAUGAGCACAAUGCCCGUUUUGCCGCCAAGCGGCAGAAAAGGUCGCGGCUGCCGCAGCCCUUCUUCGCCGCUGACCCCGCCGCCGACGACUGUGAGAUGGAAGACGCCCCUGCUGCUGCUGCUACGCCAGCCAUGCCGUUCCCCUGGCCCUCACCCCCUCAGCCGCAGGCCGCGAGCGGCGAGAGGAAGCGUAAGGGACGAGGCGAGGAGGACACCGACACGGAAGGGCCGCAUCCCCUCCCUCAGGCGCAGGGAAGGGGCCUGAGGGCGUGCAUGGCGCUGUUUGUUGAGGACAUCAAGGACGGCACAACGCCAUUUCCGGCAGGUUUUGAGUGGGCAAGACAGAAGGACAAUGUCACACAAUGCGGUGUGCCUGUGUUGGUUUGCCGCUUGAUAGAAAAGACACGGGCUGUCUUUGUGUUGAGUGAGCGAAAGUGA